UUCUUUUUCUCAGAUGAUAGCUAGCUAACAGGCUAACAGGCUAACAGGCUAACUGCUACCCCACAGUGACCAUGGAUGUGAGCCGGUUCGCGCCGGGACGGCGACGCGGUGUCACCGGACAGCGAUAACAUCUGUCGGCGGCGGCGACCGUCUCUCCCCGGCCCUAUCAGUCCGGUGUGGACGUUUUGUGCGCAGUCAGUCGGUUAUCUGUGCGACUUUUGCCCUCCUUAUCCCGCAGUGGGGGAGAGUUGCCCGCUGAGUCUCAUGCUAGCUCGUUAGCCGGUUAGCUAGUUGGCUGUUAUAAAGCAGCGCCGGGUCACUGUGGAAGCUAACUGACCGGACCGGACCGCAGCGGGAUGUGCGAUGGCAUCGGUCCGGGUGGCUGUGCGGGUCCGGCCCAUGAACAGGCGGGAGAAGGACUUGACCGCAAAGUGCAUCAUCAGGAUGGAAGGGAACAAAACCUCCAUCACCAACCUGAAGCUCCCUGAAGGCAUCGCAGGGGAGUCGACGAGGGAUCGAACCAAAACCUUCACGUACGACUUCUCCUACGACUCCAUGGACAGUAAGAGCUCCACGUUCGUCUCCCAGGAGAAGGUUUUUAAAGAUUUGGGCUCCGACGUGCUGAAGGCUGCGUUCGAGGGCUACAACGCCUGCGUCUUCGCCUACGGGCAGACCGGCUCGGGGAAGUCGUACACCAUGAUGGGAAAUCCAGGAGAUCCGGGUCUGAUCCCGAGGUUCUGUGAAAGUUUGUUCAGCAGAAUCUCUGACGCGACCCGAUGGGACGAAGCCUCGUUUCGUACAGAAGUCAGCUACUUGGAAAUCUACAACGAGCGUGUGAGAGACCUGCUGAGGAGGAAAUCCACUCAGACCUACAACCUGAGAGUCCGAGAGCACCCGAAAGACGGACCGUACGUAGAAGAUCUGUCCAAACACCUGGUGCAGAACUACAGCGACGUGGAGGAGCUGAUGGAGGCUGGAAACAUCAACCGCACCACCGCCAGCACCGGCAUGAACGACGUCAGCAGCCGCUCGCACGCCAUCUUCACCAUCAACUUCACGCAGGCUAAGUUCGAUGCAGAGAUGCCCAGUGAGACGGUCAGUAAGAUCCACCUGGUCGAUCUGGCCGGCAGCGAGCGAGCCGACGCCACCGGAGCGACCGGCGUCCGACUGAAAGAAGGAGGAAACAUCAACAAGUCGCUGGUUACCCUCGGCAACGUCAUCUCGUCUCUGGCUGACAUGUCGCAGGACGGCGUGAACACCAACCUGAAGAAGAAGUCGGUGUUCGUCCCCUACAGAGACUCGGUGCUGACGUGGCUGCUGAAAGACAGUCUGGGUGGAAACUCCAAGACCAUCAUGAUCGCCACGAUCUCCCCCGCCGACGUGAACUACGGCGAGACGCUCAGCACACUGCGAUACGCCAACCGAGCCAAGAACAUCAUCAACAAGCCCACCAUCAACGAGGACGGCAACGUGCGGCUGAUCAGAGAGCUGCGCGCCGAAAUCGCCCGACUGAAGGCGCUGCUGGUUCAGGGCAACCAGAUCGCCCUCCUGGAUUCGCCCACAGCGCUCAGUAUGGAGGAGAAGCUGCACCAGAACGAAGCCAGAGUUCUGGAGCUGACGAAGGAGUGGACCAACAAAUGGAACGAGACUCAGAACAUCCUCAAGGAGGAGACUCUGGCUCUGAGGAAGGAGGGCAUCGGGGUGGUGCUGGACUCGGAGCUGCCUCACCUCAUCGGCAUCGACGACGACCUGCUGAGCACCGGCAUCAUCCUGUAUCACUUAAAGGAGGGACGGACGUACGUGGGCAGAGAGGACGCGUCCACCGAGCAGGACAUCAUCCUGCACGGUCUGGACCUGGAGAGCGAACACUGCAUGUUUGAGAACCAGAACGGCAAAGUGACUCUGGUGCCGCUCGGCGGCGCUCAGUGUUCAGUGAACGGAGUCCAGGUGACGCAGCCGUCGCAGCUCAACCAGGGUGCUGUGAUUCUGCUCGGCAGGACCAACAUGUUCCGGUUCAAUCAUCCGAAGGAGGCGGCCAAGCUGAGGGAGAAACGAAAGAGCGGCCUGCUGUCCACGUUCAGCCUCUCUAUGACGGAUCUGUCCAAGUCCUGUGAGAACUUGUCCACCGUGAUGCUCUACAACCCCGGGUUGGAGUUUGAGAGGCAGCAGAGGGAAGAGCUGGAGAAGCUGGAGCUGAAAAGGAGGCUGAUCAAGGAGAUGGAGGCGAAGCACCAGAGUGAGAAGGCGGAGCUGGAGCGGCUGCAGCAGGAGGUGGAGAGCCAGCGUAAGGAGUCUGAGGAGGUGCAGCAGCGGAUCCUCCGUCAGGAGGAAAGCCUCCGCCGCCGCAGCCAGGACAUCGAGAGCCGCCUGAAAGACUUCCUGGCCGAGAAGGAGCGCUUCGAGGAGGAGAGACGCUUAGAUAUCCAGGGGGCGGGCCUCCAGCCGAGGCACCACCAGGAGGAGGGUGAUGCAGAGGAGGAGCAGGACGAGGAGCAGCGGCGGCUUCAGGAGGCCGCAGAGCAGACUGAGAUCUACCGCGAGCUGGAGAGGCUGAAGAGGGAGCGCGAAGAGCAGAAGGUUCGUCUGGAGACUGAGCGGCGGCGGCUGGAGGAGCAGGAGCGGGAGCAGCUGAGCCUGGUGGGGAGGCUGGAGGAGCAGCUGAGGGAGAAACACGAGGCGGCCACCACCCUGCUGACCCGGGAGGACGCCCGCCGUCUGGAGGAGGAGCGUCGAGCGCUGGCUGAGAUCAGAGAAGCUCUCCUCCGUGCUAAAGAAACCGGAGAGCGGCCAGAUGUGGAGGAUGCCAGCGAGGAGGCGAGAUCUGCGAAGGCACGAUACACCGACUUCAAGGAGGCGCAGGUGAGGGAGCUGGGCCAGCUGGAGGAGGGACUCCUGCAGCAGAGGGAGCGCCUGGAGAAGGAGGUCGCUGCUGAGCAGAAUACACUGCUGCUCCUCGCCCGCAGCCUCAAAGAACGACAGCAGCAGCUGAAAGAGGAGCAGGAGAAGGGAGCGCUGGAGGCGACAGCCGUCUGCCAGGAGGAGCACCUGGUCAAACAGGCGGAGCACAGGCUGCAGUUCAAGGAGCGUCAGCUGGCCCGGGUGGCCGACGGCCUCCUGCCGGCUCUGGCCGAGGAGAAGCAGAGAGCCGUGGAGAUGCUGGAGCGCAGUGGCGGCGGGAGCAACGGGAACUGCGACAGUCCGCCGGGCCUCGACAACACGCUGUACCAGGUGGAGAAGGAGCUGGAGGACAAGGAGGAGAAACUGAACCUCCACUGGAACAGCGCUCAGCAGCUCCAGCAGCUGCAGGAGACCUACGAGUUCACGGCCAACGUGGCGCGGCAGGAGGAGAAGGUGAGGAGGAAGGAGAAGGAGAUCCUGGAGUCGAAGGAGAAGCAGCAGAGGGAGGCGAUGGAGCAGGCGGUGGCCCGGCUGGAGAGGAGGCACUCGGCCCUGAGACGCAGCGUCUCCAUGGAGCCCGACGCCGAGGAGCAGAGACACAAGAGCUCGGUCACCCGGAACCAGAGGACGGGCGCCGACCUGGACCAGCAGAGAGUGGAGCGGGAGAUCCAGAAGCUGAGGCAGCGGAUCAGUGAAGGGGAGGAGAACAACAGGACUCACUCCAUCAGCAGCGAGGAGAAGACGAGCUCCCCCGUCAGCCACAUCCAGAGUCUCAACACGCUGCUGCCGCUGUCAGACGACAGGAUCAACGCGUACAUCGAAGAGGAAGUCCAGCGACGGUUACGCAAGAUGAACCUCCUGAACGGCAGCAGCAGCAACAUGGAUCUGUCUCUGUCCUGCGAAUCCCUCAAGGAGGAGGAGGAAGUUAGCGACAGUAGCUCUGUUAGAUUAACAGACGAGGAUGAUGAAAAGCAGCAGAACAUUAAUCCAAGGAGGCUGAAAUAUGAGAGAGUCGGCGGGUUGUGGUCUAGCUUCCCACCGGAGCUCGAGGAAAACUCCCUCCUUCACAUCCAGGAAAACAUGCUGGACGAACGAGAGCCGAGCCUCUCGAAGCUUCACAGAGGAGACAAAUCCACAGCUGAAGCCCUGAUGGAGAAACAGGAAGUGCCUUACAGGGACGGAGACGAAAACAAAUGUUGGGAAGGGAGAGUGACGGAAUCUGAACUAGAUCGUUCUGACGACUCAGCAGAUAAAACCACCAACAGAUUUGAUGAAAAUGAGAAUAUCACUGAUAAGAAACGGAGCAGUUCUGCCUCCUGUGUUCCUGAUGAUGAUGAUGAUGAUGAUAAAAAGCUUGACGGUGGAGUGAAGGAGCUGCUGGUGGAUGAUCGCUCUUCUUCUGACUCAGAGGGAAAAGACAAACACCGAACAGCAGCAGGGACAGUAACAGUAAAAGAUGAAGAACCUUCCAAUGACAGACCCUCAAAUUUGCUGAACUCGGUCUUUGGCUACAUCCCGUCCACGCAGAAGUUAAAGGAAUCCAUUCGUGAGCAGAUAAAACAAGUGACAGACGCAGGAGCUGAGAGAGUCGCAGCCAACUGGAGCUACGAUUUGGGAUAUUUUACUGGGAGGCUGUCCGACGCGUACAAGGACGCAGGAAGAAGGCUGCAGGGUACGCGGGACGUCAUCCUGAAUGUUCGAGCUGGUGACAUGAAGGUUGUUCUCUCACAGUAUGUGACCAAGAUGUCCAAAGAGCUGCCGCUGAUCCAUCGAAUGCAGCUGAAACCGGAACCAGAACCUUGUGUCCUUCCAGAAAACAAAGUCAGUUCAGUCGAUGUGUCGAUGGAUCGCAGCCUGAGUCUUCCUCAGACCUGCAGCACGCCUGUGAUCCCGGGCGUCUCCGGGUGGCCCGAAGGCUCCGUGUCGUCCCUCAGAAACACUUGUCCCGAGGUGUUUCAUCAGAACCUGGUCCAGAUGCCACCAGCCUUGUCUCAGCUACGGUCACUUUCAUCCCAGACAAUUCUAGAAAAGUUAGAAUCUCUCGCUCCUCAAAUCAAACUCAACAACCUCCUGAGUAUCUUCUGGAUCCAAACCGCCAACCGCGAGCAGCCGAUCCCACAGCCGGGCUGCUUGCUCUUAUCAGAACAGGACAUAACGGUGCUGUCGAGUAAAUUCAGUUCAGGCGACACCUUGGCUGUCUUCCACCAUUUUAAUCUCAUGGAGAUUAAGAAGGUCCAGAUCAGCUUGGCAGGGCAGCACGUCCGCCUCAUCGGCGGCACCGAGGACGCGGUCUUGUCCGUCUUUACCCACAGCAGAGAUCUGACCCAGGAGUUCUGCAGGGCCUUACUGAAGGUCCUGACUGCUGAAGAGCUCCCUGCAGGGGCUGAAGAUCACCCGCUGCUCUCCGGUGACCUCAUGGCGCUCUCUCUGGAUUGGUCGUCGAGUGUUCCCGACAUCGUCCUGGACAGCGGCCUUCACAUCACCUCCAGAUUUAAGCGGGUCCUGGCAGACCUCCUCUACAUCGUCCACGGGAACAUGGACGGUCCUGGGAAACCCUCUCUGGCCAACAUCUGUCCUCUGCUCUACACGAGCGUCAAGCUCAUGAACUCGACCCGUCUGCAUCAGAGCGCCAUCGUCCAGUUCCUCCUGACGGACACUCACGUAGCUCUUCUCCGUGAGGACGGCGUGUUUCACCCGGUGCCCCGGGGCACCAGUCUGGUCCCGUCACAGCCCCAGUUUCGAGGGCUGGAACUCCGGAAGCGUUCAGAGAUCAGAUGUCUGCUCGUGAGGCGGAGUGACGACUGGCUGGUGGUAGAAAUCACGUUUACAACCAACAAGCCGGAGAGGAAGGUGGAGUCCAGACGAGGCUCGGCGGAGGUGCCGUCCGUCUCUCAUCGCAGGAGUCAGUGCCACUCCUGGAAUUUAUCUUUUGGAUGCACUGCAGAGGCCAUGAUCCUGAUCAACCACCUGAGUGCCUGAGACACACGACUGAUUCACUGAUUCAGGCUGUUUCACCUCAACGUGUUCAAGUGAAAUUAAAAGUUGACUGCCAGAUACUUUCUAUGUGUAUUUAAGGAUUAUUAAAGGGAAAGUUCACCCACAAAUGUAACCUCGGUCAUCCUCUCCUGGGGUGAAGUGUGUAGAUGAAGAAAUGUUUUGUGGACUAAGAAACUUCAUUCACUGGGGAAAGAGUUCAGAGGCAUCGUGUGUGAAGUAACGACGCAUCUGAAAGUAUUUUAAGAUAUUUUUAAACAUUUUAAAAAUGUCUGAUAAUUGAAUGUGUGAUUUUUGUCUGUUUUUGUGUUUAGAGAUGAUGAACCGUGUCGACCUGUAUGAACUGUGAUCUGUAGUUUAGAUGAACGAUGAAGAUAAUCAGCUUCUUGUUUGAUUGUUGGUCUGAUGUGGUUUAAAGGGAGAAUCUUGAAGUUCGUUCUGCACUUUGCAAAGAUUGAUUUAGAUCUGAUGACUUGAUUUGUCAACAUGUGACCAGACUACAGAUGAUUAUUGUGUAUUUUGAGGACUGAUGUUUAAUGUCUCUUGUGUGAUGAUACGCAGUGAGAACGUUUAGAAUAAUAAAUAAUAAUAAAGUUUGAAGUUUGCACGAUU